GAUCGAUUUAUACAAAUCCACCACCACCACCAUCGCCGCCGUUAUCCACUUCAUCACCGGCCACUCUGCCUAGAGCAUUAUCAUCGAUCGUCGUCUACCUAGCUAGCUUCACUUGUGCUCCACUGCAACCAGUACACCACAUUAACUUAAUUCACACCUAGCUUAGCUCACUAUAUAGCUUAGCUUCGCUUAAGCUUAAGCUGAUCUCGGAGAAGACGUACAUGAUGGUGGUGGUGAUGAGGCGGCGGAUGGCGGCGGCGGCGAUGCUGGUGCUGGUCGCUAUGGCGGGCGGCGCCACCGUGUGCGCGGCGCAGCUCCGGCGGAACUACUACGCCGGCGUGUGCCCCAACGUGGAGUCCAUCGUCCGCGGCGCUGUGGCGAGGAAGGUCCAGGAGACGUUCGCCACCGUCGGCGCCACCGUGCGGCUCUUCUUCCACGACUGCUUCGUCGACGGCUGCGACGCGUCGGUGGUGGUCGCGUCGGCGGGGAACAACACGGCGGAGAAGGACCACCCCAACAACCUCUCCCUCGCCGGCGACGGCUUCGACACCGUCAUCAAGGCCAAGGCCGCCGUCGACGCCGUGCCGGGAUGCCGCGACCGCGUCUCCUGCGCCGACAUCCUCGCCAUGGCCACCAGAGACGCCAUCGCGCUGGCCGGAGGACCGUCGUACGCGGUGGAGCUUGGGCGGCUGGACGGGCUGAGAUCGACGGCGAGCAGCGUCAACGGGAGGCUGCCGCCGCCGACGUUCAACCUCGACCAGCUCACGGCGCUCUUCGCCGCCAACGGCCUCUCUCAGGCCGACAUGAUCGCCCUCUCCGCGGGGCACACGGUGGGGUUCGCACACUGCAACACAUUCUUGGGUCGGAUCCGUGGGUCGUCGGUGGAUCCAACGAUGAGCCCAAGAUACGCAGCCCAGCUACAGAGGUCGUGCCCACCCAACGUGGACCCGCGGAUCGCCGUGACCAUGGACCCGGUGACGCCGCGGGCCUUCGACAACCAGUACUUCAAGAACCUGCAGAACGGGAUGGGCCUUCUGGGCUCUGACCAGGUGCUGUACUCGGACCCACGGUCCAGGCCCAUCGUGGAUUCUUGGGCCCAGAGCAGCGCCGCCUUCAACCAGGCCUUCGUCACGGCUAUGACCAAGUUGGGCCGGGUUGGGGUCAAGACCGGGUCGCAAGGCAACAUUCGUCGCAAUUGUGCAGUGCUCAAUUAAUUAUUAACUGAUGAUCAUCUACAUGGUUGUUCUUACACUGAGCUUAAUUAAUCCAGUUUUCAAAUUAUUGCUUUCUUUUGCACAAAUGUAAAGGGAAAACAUAAGCAAAAUUCAAGCCAUAUAUAGAUGCAUGUAAACUACAAUCAAAAUGGUUGGUCAUAAAGUUCUUUAAUGCUAUGAUACCUCGGUGUAGUGAUGAACUGAUGAACAUCAUCUCCACUUGGUGGUCGAAGCUAAGUGGCCACUGGCCAACAUAUAUGAAUGGCGUGUAUUUUUUUUUUCAGCUAGAAAGUGAAACAUCACAUCGUUGCCAA